UUUGUGUGAGCAGAGCUGAAUGGAGGCAGCCUCUUCCUGGUGGAUAAACAGUGACAGCUACAGGGCAGCCACCUAGACCCACUACACAGGCUGUGGCGCUGCCCUGGCAAACAACACCAAAAUGGCUUCAGACAGUACACACAUCGCGCAGUUGACUUCUGAACUGUACUUCCUAAUAGCCCGAUUUCUAGAAGCUGGACCGUGUCAAAAAGCAGCCGAGACCCUGAUAAGGGAGGUGGAGGAGAAGGAGCUGCUACCCAUAAGGCUGGACUGGACGGGACAGGAACACCCCGGGACAUACGAAAAUUUGGUGAAGCUAUACCGGCACAUAAGUGCAGACCACCUGCUGCAGGUCUGCUCCAGAGUUUGUCCGCUGCUGGAGAGGGAGGUCCCUGCCAGCGUGCCUGGACUUACCAGCCUAUUGGGGGCCGGCAGGCAGAAUCUCCUCCGCACCAGCAAGAGUUGCAAGCAUGUUGUGUGGAAGGGCUCAGCACUGGCUGCGCUACACUGUGGUCGACCACCGGAGCCACCUAUUAUCUACGGGAGCCCACCAAAUAUUGUCGAGACGAGCUUCGGCCGUCGACUCAACGGCUCCUACCGUCUCCGGCAGCUGGUGCCCACAGCUGUGUACCAGCACAUGAAGAUGCACAAGAGGAUCCUGGGACACCUGUCGUCCGUGUACUGCGUCACCUUCGACAGGACGGGACGACGCAUCUUCACGGGCUCAGACGACUGCCUUGUGAAGAUUUGGGGAACAGAUGACGGGCGUCUGCUGGCGACGCUGCGCGGCCACGCCGCUGAGAUUUCCGACAUGGCCGUCAGCUAUGAGAACACCAUGAUCGCUGCCGGGUCCUGUGACAAGACUAUCAGAGUGUGGUGCUUACAGACCUGUGCCCCUUUGGCCGUCCUGGAAGGACAUGCAGCCUCUAUCACCUCAUUGCAGUUUUCUCCUCUCUGUUGCGGCUCAAAGCGCUACCUGUCCUCCACCGGAGCUGACGGCACCAUCUGCUUCUGGCAGUGGGAUGCACGCACUCUAAAGUUUGGUCAGAGGCCCAGUAAAUUCACAGAGCGUUCCAGGCCUGGCGUCCAGAUGAUCUGCUCCUCCUUUAGCGCAGGUGGUAUGUUCCUGGCCACAGGAAGCACGGAUCACAUCAUCAGGGUGUACUACUUCGGGUCAGGCCAACCAGAGAAGAUCUCCGAGCUUGAGUCCCAUACAGACAAAGUUGACAGCAUCCAAUUUUCACAUUGCAGUGACAGGUUUGUAAGCGGUAGCAGGGAUGGUACAGCACGAAUCUGGCAGCUGCAGCCUCAGGGCUGGAGGAGCAUUCUGCUGGACAUGCAGACCAAAUUACCAGGGAAGUACAACCCUCCUCCGCUGGAAGACAAGGUGACCAAGCUGAAGGUUACAAUGGUAGCAUGGGAUCGCCAUGACGGCACGGUGAUCACAGCGGCCAACAAUCUGACACUGAAGGUGUGGAACUCCACCACCGGCAACCUCGUCCACGUCCUGAUGGGUCACGAGGAUGAGGUGUUUGUUCUGGAGCCACACCCCUUUGAUCCAAGAAUCCUUUUCUCGGCGGGGCAUGAUGGGAAUUGCGUUGUGUGGGACCUGGCCAGAGGAGUCAAGAUCCGCUCCUAUUUCAACAUGAUCGAAGGCCAAGGGCACGGGGCGUUGUUUGACUGCAAAUGUAGUCCAGAUGGGCAGCAUUUUGCAGCCACCGACUCCCAUGGACACCUGCUCAUCUUUGGCUUUGGCUCCAGCAGCAAGUAUGACAAGAUAGCGGACCAGAUGUUUUUUCACACCGACUACCGGCCACUGAUCCGAGAUGCCAACAAUUAUGUGCUGGACGAGCAGACUCAGCAGGCGCCACAUCUGAUGCCCCCUCCUUUUCUUGUGGAUGUGGACGGGAACCCCCACCCUCCUAGAUACCAGCGGCUGGUGCCUGGCAGGGAGGGCUGCAGGGAUGAGCAGCUUAUCCCGCAGAUGGGGGUCACUUCCUCAGGCCUGAACCAAGUGGUGAGUGAGCAGGCGGUGGACGGCUCCAGUCCGCUGGAUACAAUGAUUCAGAGGCUGCAGCAGGAACAGGACCAAAGACUGGGAGCGAAUGACGCCUCUGCUUCUACUGCUGCAAGCACCAGGGCCAGCAGAGGAUCGGUGGGUUCUCCCACAGAGGUGCACUCCCCGCCCAAUGUGGGUCUGCGUCGCAGCGGGCAGAUCGAGGGUGUCCGCCAGAUGCACAGCAACGCCCCACGCAGCCAGAUGGCCACAGAGGGAGACCUGGUGGCCUGGAGCCGCAGGGUGCUGGUCCCUGAGCUGGAGGACGCGUCUGUCAGGAGACAGGUAAACUGGCGUGAGGCUAAAGGGGAGGAGGAGAUCAAUAUUUAUCAGUCAGAAAGGAGGAGACGUACCAUCCACUCUCUCCCUAAGGAGAGCAGGGUUCAUCCGACAUCAGAGUGUGUAGUUGACGAGGGGAGGAGGAGCCAGGGCAACCACGGCUAUCAGACUCGUGCUGCCAUGGAGGAGACGAGCCGCCAGAGCGCAGAGGCUGCUGAUGACGAUGAAAGCACCUCAGAGGGAGAGGUGGAGGUACGGCAAAUCAACGGACAUUCCUCAGAGGAGGAGAAGGAUGAGGAGGAAAAGGAGCCAUGGCCAGAUGACCACAGUAGUUCAAGUGACUACUCCAGCGAUUACUCUGACUGGACAGCAGACGCAGGGAUCAACCUUGAACCGCCAAAGAAGAGCGUGAAAGUGAAAAAGAAAAGCAGCGGCUCUGAGGAAGACGGAGAGAAGAAGAGAGAAGGCAAGAAAGAAAGGAAGAAAGAGAAAGCAGACAAAGAUGGCGCAUUACCAAAGAAGAAGAAGCCAAAGGAGAAGAGGAAGAGGACAGAGUUACAAGAGGAAGGGCUAACUCUGGAGGAGUGGCUUCCCUCUGCCUGGAUCACAGACACGGUCCCCCGCAGAUGUCCUUACAUACCCCAGAUGGGAGACGAGCUAUACUAUUUCAGACAGGGCCAUGAAGCCUAUGUGGAGAUGGCCAAGCAAAAAAAGAUUUUCAGCAUCAAUCCUAAGAAGCAACCCUGGCACAAGAUGGAGCUACGGGAGCAGGAAUUGAUGAAGAUAGUUGGCAUCAAGUAUGAAGUCGGCCUGCCCACACUGUGCUGUCUGAAGCUUUCCUUCCUGGACCCUGACACCGGGAAACUGACCGGAGGGUCCUUCUCCAUGAAAUACCACGACAUGCCUGAUGUAAUCGACUUCCUGAUAUUGCGGCAGCAGUUUGACAAUGCCAGGAAGAGACAGUGGAGUAUAGGUGACAGGUUUCGGUCAGUGAUUGACGAUGCCUGGUGGUUUGGGACCAUUGAGAGCCAGGAGCCCUACCAGCCUCAGUAUCCUGACAGCCUGUUUCAGUGCUACAAUGUCUGCUGGGAUAAUGGAGAUACGGAGAAGAUGAGUCCUUGGGAUAUGGAACCCAUCCCUGAAGAUGCCACGUUCCCCGACGAGUUGGGCACAAGCGUCCCGCUGACAGAAGAAGAACAGAAGGAGCUGCUGUACGUCCCACUGGACGGGGAAUGGGGCUGCCGCAAACGCGCCGACGAGUGCGAACGCAUCAUCAAAGCCAUCGACCAGCUCUGCACGCUCGAUGUAGCAGCGCCAUUUGCCUUUCCAGUGGACCUACAAGCUUACCCCACAUACUGCACAGUAGUGGCCUACGUCACGGACCUCAGCACCAUACGCGAAAGGCUUGUGAACCGCUUCUACAGGCGACUGUCCUCUCUGAUGUGGGAGGUACGUUAUAUUGAACACAAUGCCCAAACAUUCAAUGAGCCUGGGUCGUUCAUUGUCACUACCGCCAAGUUUGUCUCUGACCUCAUGCUGCAAUUCAUUAAGGACCAAAGUAUGACAGACCUCAUGCCCCUCUACAAAACUAUGAAGAAGGCCACCUUCUCUGACUCGGAAGAUGAGGAUGAUGAGGAGGAGGACGAAGAUACUAAUACUCCUGGUACAUCCACACGAAAUCACAAGAGCCGUCGACCCAUGCGGCGGCAACUUCGAACGCGACCUCCUUCAUACGACCCCCAUGCAUGGAGGGGGCGCUGUAAGGAGCUGCUGGAUCUCAUCUUUCAGUGUGAAGACUCGGAGCCCUUCAGAGAACCUGUGGACCUGCAGGAAUACCCGGACUACCUGCAAAUAGUCGACUCACCGAUGGACUUUGGCACCGUCCUCAACACGCUAACAGAAGGAAAGUACCAGUCCCCCAUUGAGCUCUGCAAAGAUAUCCGACUCAUUUUCAGCAAUUCCAAAGCCUACACGCCCAGCAAGAAGUCUCGGAUCUACAGUAUGAGUCUGAGGCUCUCAGCACUGUUUGAGGAGCAUGUCAGCUCCAUCCUGGCCGACUACAAGGCCAUCCACGGCCUGACUGAUAAACUGACCAGACAGGGCACGGACAGACAGACGCGACACACUACGGACAGACAGACACGACACGCCAUGAAGAGGAGGAGGAGGAGGAGCGAAUCUCUAGCCAGCAGCACUGCAUCCAGUCCAGAGAGGAAGAGACGGGUAUCGUCCAGGGUGACCGGAAAAAGGGAGCCGUCACCACCUCCUUCGCGACCCUCCUCCCUGAGACAGAGCGUCCCCCUCAAACAGCCCCCUCAGCUGGUGAACGGGAAAGCAGACACACCGGCAGCAGGGCGUACGCGAAGUGCAGCACGCCAUUCCACGUACACGCCGCCCUCCUUGUCCUCCUCACAAACCGCAAGCAACACACAGAGCACAGCAGAGUCUACUCGCUCACUGAGGGCUCAUAACUCUGUGUCAGCAUCAGCGCCACCAGCUCCUGAAAAGGUGGCACCCUCUCCAGCCCCAGAAAGUAGCAGUGGAGGAAGCACCCGGAGGAAACUCAGGACUCCUGUACGACACACACCUGGCUCUCCUGCCAGCCCUUCAUCUCAGAGCACAGUCCACCUGAAUGGCCACAGCAGUCAUGUGACCCUGGGUGUGGGGAAGAGGGGACGGAAAUCCAGAGUGGACCCACCAGUGAGUCCUCCAGAAGUUGCGACUCCAGGGAGCCCUUCCAGACCCCGAGGCCGCCCUCCUGGCAAGAAGAGAGGCAGGAAGAGCAAACAGGAGCUGGAGGACAUGAGAAGGAGCGGCAACCGCAGGAGCUCCACCCCUAACGAUGAGCUUGACCAAUCGACAGGGGACGAAGGCGGGAUGUCUUCCACGCAGGAAACAUCUGUGCUGUCGGAUUCGGGCAUGACAUCGACGCCUAGACGGCGAGGCCGGCCCCGGGUGGUGAGAACCGAUGACGCCACUCCUCCCGCGGAGUCACCUGAGCCCUCGCCACUGAGGAGGAGCAGCAGGAGAGCCAAUGAGGAGCUCACGCCUCCUCCCCAGACUACUCCUCAGCGAUCCAAUCGGAAGGAAUCUCCAAAGGAGGAGGCAGGGGAGGAGGCAGGUGGGUCGAUGCGCACACGUAACCAGGGACGGCGAUCUGCCUGGUACGUCGAGGAGGACUCUGAGGAGGAGCAGAGGCAGCUGCUGUUUGAGGACUCAUCAAUCACCUUUGGCACCUCCUCUAAGGGACGUGUCCGCAAGCUCACAGAAAAGGCCAAAGCCAACCUGAUAGGCUGGUAACGGUGACAACAGAGCAGACACAGGGUGUGAGGAGGAGGCUGACUGCCUUGACGGAGAAGAAAUCUGGCUGAGAUUUCUUAGCUAAUGCGUUGGAGGAGUAGGGGGGCCGAGCUGGGAAAGUCAUGCUUGGUGUUGUAUGCAUUUGUGUGCGUGUGUUUGUGUGUGUGUGUGUGUGUGUGUGUGUGUGUCUGGGGAGCUGCUAGUCCAGCUGCUGCUAUUCAAAGCUGUGGCUACGGAGAGACACAACAGCGCAGUUACCUGUCCACUCCUCCUUCUUCUUGGCCCAGUAAGCACAUCGCCACGCCAACCGAUGGCUUUCUGACAACGCAUGUUCAUUUGUCCCAACUCCUCUCACGUUAUUGGUCCAUGUUGGAUCCCACAGGAGCUCGUGGACUCCGAUGCUGGUGGUCUUGUGACUCGCUCCUUUUUUCUGGUGAACCUACUCUUCACCACCUUAAACACUGUUGGCGUCAGACCGGGCAAAACAGUAGUUUUAGUACUUGAAAAAAUCAUGAGGAGAGCUGGAUGUAUCUUUACUCACUCUUACUAUUUUUGAGGACUUCUCAAGUGUCUCUGACUUGAUGGCCUACGACAGAUUAGAGACCACUGGCCUGCCCCCCCCCCCCCCCCCCUUCAUUGUUCCUGAUCUUUUUUUAUACGACCCCCUCUGUGCUUUUUCUAAGAUUUGUACAUGAUGAUCGGCUCUCUGUUUUGGAAGUCUUACAUAUUGGCUGACCUGAGCGUGUCUGUCUGCGCUAAUAUACCAAAUGGUGUACCUUUUGUUGGUACUGUAGAUCUGUAGGUUUUGUUUACUGUUGGUGUGUGUGGGUGUUUUUGUUUUUGCAUGUUAAUAAGAACGAAAAAGCAUCUUUUUUCCCUAGAAGCUGUUUUUACUGUGAGGAGGAGAAAAAGGACGUUUGGGUGAAAGGGGUCAUUACUGUGUCUAGACAGAUCAUGUUUCAAUGCGUACUCAACAUUAGCAAUACCUUGUGCCUUUAUGUCUAUGGUGUGUAUGUGUGCGUGUGUGCAUGUGUAUGUAUGUAAGUGUGCUUGGCCUCUGCCCUGCAAAGUACAUGUGCCUGUAUGUGUACGAACUAAGUUUUGACUCUGCGAGCGUGUGUAAUUGAAGGAGUGUGUGUGUUUUUAUAACACAACUGAGUGCGUCAUUCACUUUCAGCGUACAAACAGUGGCAUACAGUUUGAUCGUUGUGAAACCUCUCAAAGAAAUGUAUUUAUAGCAGUUGAAAAAAGACUUUACUGUUGUUGUAAAACCAUUAUUCAUGUCAAUAUAUUAUCCUAUAACCAACCUAUCGUCAGUUUAUACCUAAGGUACAGCCAGUGGAGCUUUGGGUGACUAGCUUUGAGAUGCACUUACCACAGACCAGUUAUCAAUGCAGUCGUAGGGAGUAACCCUGUGUAUUUUAAAAUUGGUAACAUAUAAAAAUGAACUUUUUAAAUGUUGAUAUGUUUCUAUGGUGACCACACACAAACACACACACUCAAUUCUGUCUCGCAUGUUCUAGCACUUUCUCAUGCCUGGAGCAAACAGGAUCGAGCCAGAUCAAACUGGAUCGGACUCAAUUUGGACAGAAAGCCGAGAGAGACAAGUCUUGUAUUCAUCUUUCUGAUCGUGUGCCUUCGCUACUCUGGCAUAUUGAAUCCUUGGUUUCUGCUUUUGGGGCCUUUUUUCCUCUUUCUAAUAUAUUUUUUUGGACUUCCUGGUUCUGCUCGCCGCUGGGUUCAGAGAACUGGACUUUGGGGACUGGACUGGACCUCUCAUACAAGAGAGAGAGAAAAUACUGAAAAAUGAAUAAUCUGACUGGAGACAAACACAUUAUGUCACUCUCUCUCUCUGUAAACACAACUAAAUGGACUGUUUUUAUAAAGAUGCCGGCCUCCACUUUUGAUAUAUCUGUUUUCGCCCCAGCACAGAGCAGGUGAAAGCCAAAAUCAGCCACUUUGUGUUGUGGGUUCGACUGGGCAGAACUGGACGGUAGCAUCUAUAUACACCUGGUUCAUUUCAUCGGUCUGUCACAUAUUAUCGAACAUAUAUUUCAUCUGUUUAUCAUUGUUUUUUUGUUAUGGAUUUGUCAAUGCCAAAUUCUGUCUAUCGGCACUGAAGUUUUAGAACAUGGCUUUUGAAUGUGUUUAUUUUCCGAAGCAGUUUUAUUGUCUCCACAGUGAGUUUUCUGUCUGUGUCCCUGCCAUACAGAACAGUAUUUCAGUGGCUAGAUCUGUGGCGUUAGAACGGUGUCAUAUUACUCCCCGCACUUGAGGAUACAACAACUUCUUUUUCAGUCAGUCUGUCUUAUAUUUUACUUCACAAAAUAUUUGUUUAUAUUGUGUAUAUGGAGAGUUUUAUCACAGAUUGAGACAGCCUGAAACACUGACACCUUCCAUUCAUAAAUGACUGUUGGCAUGAAAAUAAAUGUUAUUGUUGGGGUCCUGUUAAAGAUAGGAAGAUAAAGAUUUUUGCCCACAAAACAAUAUAUUUUAUGGGCAAAGAAACUCUUCAUAGGCACAUAAAGGUAAGGGAUUUGUUUUCUAUCUCAAUCACAAAUAGUCGUAUUUACGUAUACGCACAGGUUAUCAUCAGAGUAUUUUAGACCCAGGCUUUUCAAACCUAAGAUAUGAGCUCACUCUUAAACACAAUGUUUACUUGAGCCAACUUAAAAACACAAUACUUAGGAAUCCCAAAUGUUUGCCGGAUUUUAGCAUGGAAUCAGGACUGGCUAACCUUGCCCUUGGCCUGGGGAUCGGCAGGGAUGUGCGUUACUUUCCGUUUGAUUUCCCAAUGAAAAGUAGUCAAAGUGGGAAUGCAGAUGUUAUAUCAAAGGAGACAUCAAACUUGUUUAUUCUACCCCCCACCCCCCAUCAGAUCACCCACACUACCUGUAUUUAUCAAACCUGUCAAAGUAAAAGAACUGAUAUCGUAUUGCUGGUCAGGUUACCUUAAAACCUCUAAUGAUUUCAAAGGGGCCUUAAAAUCAAGCCGCCACUUCAUAAGCAAGAAUUGGUGUGUUCAUUAAUUUCCACAGUUCUUUACAGUGUGGAUUUCACUAUGUUUUAGGAUUUAAGUUCACGUUCUUUUAUUGGGGAAAAGUUCAAAAUGCUGACUCAGCAGUUCAGAUCAGCUCUCUUACUUAACAUGGCCCGCACUGCAUUUUGGAACUCAUGUACACACACAUUUGCCACAGGCCUGUGCUAAUGUGUGGCAGAGUUGUGCUGUCUGUGGCCUCUGACAAGGUGUUUGAUCAGAGGUUAAAGGUCACAGUGUGUGUAUCUGUGUUUGUGUGAAGUGGCUGCAUGUGAGCCACCAGGAAGCCUUGUUGGGACGUUUUAAGGGGGGGGCGUGGGAUGAGAAAGAAACUGAACGGGAAGGGGAAAGGGGUGUUUCAUGUAAACUGAUUUGAAGAGGAUGUCUUUGUUAGUUUGGAUACUUUUUAUAUAUAAAGGAAUUAAUGCAAAAAAGAAACAUAUGGCUAGAAUGUAUGUGUAGGGGAGUACUGCUGUCCUGUUAGUUCAUACCAAUAUUUUAAGUAAAUAAACAGUUGUGUUUCCAUAUCCA